GAGGAGAGAGCGAGUGCAGGAAGCUAAGCUGCUAACAUGUCGGCUAACGUUAGCGUCCUGGAACACAAUAGGUUCCUAAUACAGCUCGGUGGAACAGCACUGUUGUGGUUUUGAGAGUUAAAUUCAAAGUCUCCAGACAGUAUCUGCUGAAGGAGUAGUCCGGCAACAAGACAGAAAAAUGUCCGACUCCCUCGUCGUCACCUUCCAGUCCCAGCUCUCUCUCGUCAUGGAGACGAUUCUCAAGUCAGCCAUGAUGGAGAUUACCAGGCUGGUAGAGGACAGCUUUAUGGAGGAAGUGGCUCGUGGCAAGCAAGAGGUGGAACUGCUUUUGCACAGGCUCCAGUUUUCAGAGAGCAAGCUGAAGGAGAGAGAGAAGAGGGUACGAUGUCCAGACUGUGGGAGAUCUUCAGCCGGUGGAGAGAGGACUCCAGAGAAACCUACAGAGACACUGGCAGGUGAAGAUGCUCUGUGCUUUAGGCUUAGCCUAAGGGAGCAGUCUGAGAAAAGGCCUCAAUUCGGGGAAGUCUGGAGCUCUACAGAGAGUCUGGGCUCAUACAGAACCACAGAAACACACAGUGACAAAGAGAAGAACAUAAAUUCACUUGACAAAAGAGGGAAGCAGGAGUCUGUAUCUAAUACUGAAGUGCAGCAUGUUCAGUGUAUCAGUGCACCAGUCACAAGAACCCACGAAGCUUGUAGCAACUCCAAACCCAGAGAAAGUCACUGUAAGACACCUGUCACGGACUUUACUCCCAGUAAAGACAUAGACUUAGACCAGUCACGACCCAUACAAAGUGCUACAGAAGAAGACGAGGUCAUGGAGUCUGCACAGUCUCCAUCGUACACUGCUGUGAAAUCCGAGCUACAUCCUGAUCCGGUCGAUAUUAAAGAAGAGGAGGAGAUGCUCCCAGUGUGGGAUUGCGGAGAUGACUGCGCUCCUGCAGAAACAGACCAGAAUCUCUCCGGCUCCUGGAAUCGAGAUGAAACACAGGUAGAUAACUUUCCAAAUGUAACUGCUCUCAACAUGCCAGAUCCAUCAUCACAUGUAAUGUCCUAUUCAGUGAAUUGUAACUCAGAGGUAUUGCAAGGCAUCAAGGCUGAGCCUAGUGAGGCGAUCCCCACAGAGUUGGUUCACCUUCCUUUGGCUCCAGUGCCUGAGGGAUCCAGUUCAUUUGACCCUAAUGAAAACAGACACUUGUUUGGUCCAGAAAGUCUUUUGAGUCAUCCAGAGCUGUGUUUAGGUGAGAAACUUUUCCUUCCUUUCCCCCAGACCGAACAUCUUCCAGUUCCCACUGAAAAGCCACACUAUGGAAAAUUGUUUGUUCCAGCGGCUCAGCUGAAGGUUCACAUGCUCACACACCAAGCGAGCAAACCCCUGAAGUGUCCCCAGUGUGCCAAAACAUUUGCUCACGACUUUGAGCUGAAGGAUCACCAGAAGCAGCACUCCAAAGAAAGGCCUCACAUCUGCCCGGACUGUGGCAAAGGUUUCACCCGCUUCAGCAACUACAAGCAGCAUCAGAACAUCCACACGCACGAGAAACUCUUCAACUGCACCCACUGCGGUAUGAGGUUCAAAAGAUCCACUCACUUAAGAAUCCACCUCAGGAGACACAGCCGAGUGGGGAAGAGUUGUCCUUGCCGUCAGUGCGGGAAGACGUUUUUGUGUCUCAAGCAGCUGAAGAGCCAUCUGCUGAAAGUGCACGGAACGGAAAUGAACUAAAUCGCACAUUCCAGUGCACGGAUCUCAGAAUGCAUGACCUGAACCCUGAGCCUUUAGUCUUUCUGUCUGAGCUAAGCCAUGCUUCAGUUUUAUGUCUCAAAAUGUCUCACAGUUACAGAAAACAAAGAAUUCAGAUGUAAUUCAAAAAAGAGGUUGAUGCUUGAAAAAAGCAAUUCUGAAUAAAUAAAAACUAGUUUUGCAAUUAGCAAUUAAAAGCACUAAUUCUAAACACAUGAAAGAAAA